AGCUCAUCACUUGGUAAACAUAUCCUCUUCCCCCCUACAUCAGAUCUGCCAUUACAUAAAAACAAGAAAAUUCACCCAAACCCAGAAUGUACCUAAGAUGCAGAAUCCCCCACAGCCACCGGCAUAGUUCGUGUUCGUAACCAUCGUAACAGAAAUCACCAUUGAAUUUCAUUGCACCAAGUGCAUCCACCUUUCAACCCGAUCACCUAAUUUUUUAUACGCGUAAUCAAUAACUAGGUUUCCUUCAAGAACGAGGGAGGAUUUGUCUGGUGAGAAUCAAAGACCGGCCAUGGAUGUAACAGAUGACAAAAAGAGAACGACAAUAGAGGAAUCAGAUGAGGGAUGUGGUGGGAGUUCAAGAGAUAUAAGGGAAAAAUGUCCGUGCGGUAUUGAAGUGGAUCUUAGUAAUUAUGAUAUGUUAAACAUGGGAGAGGGCUCUAGUGGGAUGGUGGUUGAUUUGGCUGAAGGGAAUGUCAGUAACUUCAAUGAACGAAACCAGUCGGUAAGUGGUCAGCAUGGAGAAUCACACCCUCAAAACAAUCCCUACAAAGACAGGAUUCUAGGGCUUGAACUAAUAGCCCGAUUUCAACGCCGCAAAAGGGGUUUUAGGCGUUUAACUCAGAUACACGGUGUGAGCAUGUUGAAUGAAACCGAAGAUAUAUGCCCAAGGAGGUCCUUGAAAAAAGAGAUAAUAGAAGAAUUGGUCGGAAAUUCUCAGCCGAAGGAGAAUAAAGCUGAGAAAGUUGUGAUCAAUGAGGAAGUGAUUCCUGUGGAAAGAGAAGCACGUAUACCUGAUACUGUGAAUGCAAAUGUUGAAAAGGAGCAAAGUUAUAGUGCAAGAACGAUCAGGGCUCGUCGUAGAGAACAACAGAAGCAAGAAAAAACAACUGUGCUUUCCUGGAUGGUUGACAGGAAAGUAAUCAAACCACGUGAGAGGGUUUUUUAUAUGGAUCACGAAAGGAAAUGUGUAUUACUGAGUGGUGAAAUUGAUGGAGGUGAAAUCUGGUGUGAGUGCUGUUCUAAAUCUGUGUCGAUUUCGGAGUUUGAAGCUCAUUCAAAAAGCAAAAUCUGUGAUCCGCUGAAGAAUAUAUGUGUGAAGGGAGGACUUUCUCUCUUGCAAUGCCUGACACAAGCAUGGAACAUGCAAGAUGAAUAUGCUUGUAAUUUUUAUCAUUUCUUUAGUGGUGUUGAUGGUGACCAAAGGGAUGAUAUUUGCGGUAUCUGCGGAGACGAAGGUGAACAACAAAUCUGUUGCGACGGUUGCUCUUCAGUGUUCCAUCAAACCUGCUUGGGAUUAGAAAGAGUUCAAUCUGGUGUCUGGUACUGUAUGUAUUGUCGUUGCAAAUUUUGUGGGCUGUACGGUGAAAAGCAAAAGGACAGUUCUGGAGGUUUUGUUCAGUCUUUGAUGUCUGCAUGUCGUACAUGCGGGGAAAAAUAUCAUAAAUCCUGUCUCGAGGCAAGUGGCGCCAACCCUGAUCAUUCUAAACUAGAAUUAUUAUGUGGAAACGAAUGUAAAGUGGUAUAUGAGAGACUUGAAAACAUGCUUGGGAAAAAAUAUGCAAUAGAAGAUGGAUUUACUUGGUCAUUGAUUCGUCGGUCAGAUGUUGACUCUAACACCUCCCAAGUAGAACCGGGAAAGGUUGAAUCUAAUUGCAAACUAGGUGUUGCAUAUUCGGUAUUGAAAGACUGCUUCUCGGUACACACAGAUGAGAUAAGCGGGGUUAAUAUGAUGCGCAGUAUUCUAUAUAAUUGUGGGUCAAACUUCCCUCGCGUGAAUUUUGAGAGAUUUUUUACUGCAAUUCUAGAGAAAGGUGAUGAGAUUAUCAGUGUUGCAACUAUCAGGAUCCACGGGAACCAAGUAGCAGAGAUGUCAUACGUUGGGACCCUCUCACUUCAUAGGAAAAAAGGAAUGUUCAGCCGACUUAUGAAAGGCAUUGUAUCGGCACUCAGUUUUUUGAAUGUUGAGUUAUUGAUCAUAUCAUCCAUGUUACAAGUCAAGAACACUUGGAUUCGUUCUUUUGGGUUUGAGCCCCUGGAUUUGAGAAGCAAGAAACUAAUAAAGAGCAUGAAUUUGAUGGUAUUUCCUGGCACAGUAACUCUACAGAAAAAGAUACCAAAGCAGUAAUUUUCCUGAUGAGAAUUUGAUUCCUACAAAAGUUUCAAAUCUCAGAAGAUCAGCAACACAGUGCAGAGGGAAGCCAAUAAAGCCCUUGGUUAAUUAUGUUAGUGAUGCUUGUUACUUAAUUUGCUGAAGACAUACAAUUAUAUACAUGCAAACUUUUCUGCGCGCGAGAGCUAUAUAUGCUCUAUGAUUUUAUGUGUGCCAAAUAAAACACACUGCUGGUGGUGCUUAAUUCAUUCAGUGCUGCUGAGGUGAUGGUUAUU